AUGGUAGAAUUCGAAGGAAAGGCUAUUCAGUACAAGCUUCAAUAUCUAGAAAAUCUUCGCAAGGAUAUUUCCACGCAGCCAGCAAUACUUCAUCCACGAUGGGUUGCUAGUGCGUUGGUACUUGCAUUCAAUGAAAUCCUGCUAGGCAACAUUUCCAUGGCUUCACAGCAUAUCAAGGGGGCUGCUGAUAUCGUUCAGGCGGCUGGUGGACCUCAAGCCCUAGGUCUAAGUAGAUUCUGCUUUGUCUCUUGUCCAGCUGUGUACAGCACAACCGCAUUCUGGGCUGACGUCUCAUUUUUGCUACUAACCCAAAUUUUAUGA